ACGGGCAGCUAUGCCGCGCGGUGCAGAAAACGGGCUGGACGCGUCCGCUUGGAACAACGGCCGGUGUAACGGAGGACUGACCCGGGGACUGCGGGACCGGGAGGCUGCUGACAGGCGUUAACAGCGACACUUUUCCCCGGGGAUAACCUCCUCCUGUGAAAGCAGCGGUGCGAGCGGUCGACGAAACGGCUCCGUCUCCCCCCUUUCCCUCUCCUCUCCUCUGCUUUCGGCACCGCAAGAGAGACACACCGAGGCAUCAGCAAUGUUGCUGCUAAACGUGUAGGAUUUACCCCCCGUUGUCCGUUUCUUUGUAUCGACUGUAAAUAAAGCUGAACAGAGACAGUAAGCGACAACAGCGGGGUUCACUAUGGUUUUAUUGGCGGUCCGCAAUAGGAGAUGUCUUAAUAGCUGCUGUAUGGGGACGUUAUGCUUGCAGUUGUUGCUGUGGAUUUUAUGUGCCGUGAACGGAGAGGAGCAGCCGUUCAGUGUAGAGGCAUGGCUCCAGAGGUAUGGCUACCUCCCUCCUGCAGACCCCAGAAUGUCGGUGCUGCGUUCUGCUCGAGUCAUGCAGUCCGCUAUCGCUGCCAUGCAGCGUCGCUACGGCCUCAAUGUUACAGGGGCUCUGGACAGCAACACUAUAGCCGAUGACACGAUAAGGUGGAUGAAGAAGCCCAGAUGUGGAGUUCCUGACCAGAUAGGAGGUGCAUCCAAAUUCAGUGUCAGGAAACGGCGGUACGCCCUCACAGGACAACGGUGGCAACACAAACAUAUCACAUACAGCAUAAAGAACGUGACACCCAAAGUGGGUGCAGAAGAGACCCAUGACGCCAUCCGGCGAGCCUUUGACGUUUGGCAAAACGUGACGCCGCUGCGCUUUGAGGCUGUGCCCUACAGCGAGCUGGAGAGGACCAAGAAAGACGUGGACAUCACCAUCAUCUUCGCUUCAGGUUUCCACGGUGACAGCUCCCCCUUUGAUGGCGAGGGUGGCUUCCUGGCCCACGCCUACUUUCCAGGGCCAGGAAUAGGAGGAGACACACACUUUGAUUCAGAUGAACCGUGGACACUGGGCAACCCCAACCAUGACGGUAACGAUCUGUUCUUGGUGGCGGUCCAUGAGCUCGGCCAUGCACUGGGCCUCGAACACUCCAACGACCCCACAGCCAUCAUGGCUCCUUUCUACCAGUACAUGGACACGGACAACUUUAAACUGCCCAUGGACGACCUGCUGGGCAUCCAGAAGAUCUAUGGGCCUCCCGAUAAGCUUCCCCAGCCCACCAAGCCUUUGCCGACGGCGCCCCCUCCACGCUCCCAUCCUCCAUCAGAUCCCCGUAAGCCAGACAGGCAGACACGACCUCCGAGGCUUCCCCCAGGAGACAGGCCGUCCCAUCCUAACGCUAAACCCAACAUCUGCGAUGGAGGCUUCAACACCCUCGCCAUACUGAGGAGAGAGAUGUUCGUCUUCAAGGACCACUGGUUUUGGCGGGUGAGAGAUAACUCAGUAAUGCCAGGAUACCCCAUGCUUAUCAGUGUUUUCUGGAGAGGCCUUCCGCCCAAAAUAGACGCAGUCUACGAGAACAGCGAGGGCAAGUUUGUCUUCUUCAAAGGGAAGCAGUUCUGGGUGUUUAAGGACACGGUGUUGCAGUCUGGAUACCCCAAGGACAUCGCCCAGUUCGGCCAUGGUAUGCCGGCCCAGAGCAUAGAGACCGCUGUGUGGUGGGAGGAUGUGGCCAAGACCUACUUCUUUAAAGGGGACAGGUACUGGCGUUACAAUGAGGAAAUGAGAACCAUGGACCCCGGCUAUCCCAAGCCCGUCACAGUGUGGAGAGGUGUGCCUGAUUCGCCACAGGGGGCCUUCGUUGACAAAGCCAAUGGUUUCACCUACUUCUACAAGGGGAAGGAGUACUGGAAGUUCAACAACCAGUUCCUUCGAGUGGAGCCGGGCUACCCGCGUUCCAUCCUCAAGGACUUCAUGGGCUGCGAGCUGACGCCCAUCGACCCCGCCCGGCCGCCCGCCGAUGACGGCAACUCGGACGUGGUGAUCGAGCUUGACAACGAGGCGAACACGGUGAAGGCCAUCGCCAUCGUCAUCCCCUGCGUGCUCGCGCUGUGCCUGCUGGUGCUGGUCUACACUGUGGUGCAGUUCAAGAGGAAGGGUACGCCACGCCACAUACUUUACUGCAAACGCUCCAUGCAGGAAUGGGUCUGAAACAUCGGAAAGACGUGAGACGGUGGGGCGAGGGCGGCAGGAGAGACAGGUGGAAACAGGAGAACACCCCCCACUUUCACAGAGGAGGACAGUGGACUUUGGACAUCUUUAGUGAGAACACACAGCCACGCUUCCUCCUGUUGGGUGAUCUGAUAGCUUCGUUCAGACCCGCAGAAACAACCUGUCGGCGAUCCCUCACGCAAAAGGUGACCCCACGACUUAAAGUUGACUCCGCUAACCCUCAGCCUUUUUAACAAACAGGGGAGCAGAGGGACGGACUGUGGGGGAUCUUCGCCUGAUACGACAUUCAGUCCCAGUAAAAAAACAAGAGGGUCGGUAUCACUUUGUAUCUCAGAAACUUGACUUCCUAUCCCAUUCCUCUUUCAUUUCUCUGCCCGACUGCUCUUAAUCAGAAGGAGGACUUUCAGGGGGACACACACUUUUACCACAGGGCACUGCAUUGUCAUCUGUCAUAUCAGGUUGUUGAUGAAACAACAGUUUUAUAUUUUCUGAUCUUGGUGCCCCCCUCUGCUUCAUACUGCGCUCAAAAGAUACACAGUCUCAGAUAAACUCCAGUUAAUUACAUCACCAAUCUGCUACCAAUCCCUUUUUUUUCGUUUUAUCUUUUUUAUUUCUUUCUUUUCUUAAAUUCUUUUGAGAAAGCAGGUCCUCACUGUUCCCUUUAACACGCUCCUGAGGAAGAGACCAAACUAAACCAAAUAAAAUCAAUUUCUCUCCAAAGAGGAUCACUUUUUUUCUCUUCUUCCUUUUUUUUCUUCAGUUCAUCCUUUCUUCCCUUCUCUGGAUCCUUGCAGCGAUUAAGAGUCGGGGAGCUCUGACUGUUGUGGCAGUCUGUUUGAGACACAGGGGCCAAAUUAUUCUGCAAUAUUUUAACUCGCCUUAAUUAUAGAUCAUACAACUUGUGCUUGAUUUUGCUGUUCUUGGAGUUUUUGGUUUUUUUUUGUUGUUUUUUUUAUUUGUAUACUGCUUUUCUUUUUGUUCAUUUGUUUGUAAUAGAAGCGAAUUGAGAGCUUCUUGUGAUUGGUAUUUUAUGUUUUUUAUUACGUUACCCAGAAUUCUCAGCACUGGCUUGCUGAGCCUUUCUGGACAGAAUAUACAGUAGGUUCAGCCUGUAUUGAGAGUAAUGUAUUGUAUCGUAAGAAAAAAAAAAAAGAUGUCGAAAGGUUCUGGAGUAAAGCCACUAUUUUUGUGUGUUAAGAUAUUUGUUAUUGUUACUUCUAUCAUUUCCAUACAACAGAAAUCAGGCUUAUUGUGAGCUUGAGAGCUUGUUAUUGGAUUUGCUGAUGUUAUUUUUUUGUCCUUGGCCCAUAUUCCCCUCAUUUUAAAGUGUGCAUCCAAAAUGGUCAUUCUGUAUGGUUAUUUGUGAACGGACAGACCUUUUUUUUUUUUUUUUUAAGAAUCCUGUUGACUGCCUUGUUUGAGAGAGCUCACAGUUCCCAGAAUGCUCUUGUCUCCUGACUGAGGACCCACAAAGUGAGACACCAAGUCAAGAUCAGUGCCUGUGUCAACGUGCAUGCAAGCAUUUACUGUACAUCCAACCGGUUCUGCUCAACGUGGCUUUGGAAACCCCUCAAAAAAAAAGCUGAGGAGGAAGUUUUCUCUUGAAAAUACUGUUUGCAUUUAUUUUUGUACAUUUUAAGUGUACCCCAACUCCCCCCUCUCCCCUUACCUCCAGGUACAAUUAAAUCUAAGAAAAAAAAACUUCAAAAGAUUCAAGUGGUACAUUUGGGAAAUCUUUGGGAGAUCUGAUGGGUUAUUGGCUGAUCGAAUUGGCUUCAACAGAAACUGUUAGCAAAGUUUGUGUUCUCGCCGUCAUGGCAAGCAGUCUCUGAAUGUGUCUGUUUUCAUGAUCACAUACUGGUUUCUUUUUUUCUUUCCUGUUUUCUGGUCAAAACAAAUUGGACAUCUCACAAUGACUUGUUUGUGUAAGACUUUAGGACAACGGGGAAACGUGUCCUGACAGAAUGAAUAAAUUGAUCAAUAUAUGAUUAAGAGCUGCCUUCCAAA